CAAUUAAGAUGCUAAUCAAAGGAAUUAGCAGGAAAGUGAGAUGAACCUGUCAAUAAAGCCGGCUUUGCAGCCAGCUUAGCUAGGCCUCUUUUAAGAUAAAGUUUUGUUGCUUUUUUUUUUUUUUUAAAGUUUAGUGUCAGUAUUGAAGUUUCUUGCAAUGGACCUCAAGCCAGCUGAAGUAACAAAAGUGGCCAGAAUGUCCAGGAUUUUUGACCACAAGACUAGAGCUAACCACCCGCCAACUCUAAGCAUGGUGAUUGAAGCUCUGAAGGCCCAAAAUGAGAAAAAAGGCACCUCUGUCAUAGCCAUCAAGCGCUACAUCCUUGCCAAGUACCCAGCUGUUGACCCAAUAAGGCUAAAAUACCUGCUGAAGAAGGCCCUGACUAAAGGUCUUGACCAUGGCUACCUGAUCAGACCCCAAAACUCUUUGGCAUUAGGGGCAACUGGAAGGUUCAAGCUGGCAUCAGAAAAGCCCAAGCUUAAAAAAAAUUCUAGGAAGAUGGAUCCAGCUGGAGAAAAGGCUCCUAAAUCAGAAAAGAAGGUGGCAAGGAAACCCAAAGCCAAGGUGACUGCUGAUAAAAAAGCAGGAAGUAAAGAUGCUAAGGAGGAGAAACCAAAACCUGUGAGCAAGAAAGCCAAGGCAAAAUCCACUAAUGCCCAGCCCAAAGCUCCUGCUAAGCUGAAGACACCCAGUGAUGCUCGAAACAUUGUGAAAGGUGACAAGAAACCAAAUAUGAAAGAGGCAUCUCAAGCCAGGGUGGUUGGGACCAAGAAAGCCACCUCCAGAGGGAAGCCAGCCACAGAAGCAGAUGGUGCCUCCAAAGCCAAGGCAGAGCAUGGAGACAAGAUCAGGACUUCCAAAGCCAAGGGGGCAGCUCCUGGGGCCGCGGGGGCUGCAAAAGCAAAGGUGGCUAAAGGUGGAAAUGGGCCGACCAAAGCAAAGGCAGCUGGCGGGACAAAGAAAACCACUGCCAAAGGGAAGACUGAGGCAAAGGGCCCUGCGAAAGGCAAGGGGAAGAAGCCUGAGGCAGCCACAGGCUCUUUCUUCAGCAAAGGGAAGGAUGCAGAAGGUAAAGCCUCUAGAGCUGGCAGCAAGCUUAGCAAGAAAGCAACCUAGGGCUUCCCUCCACUGAAGGGACAACUGCUUUGGGUGGGGGAUGGGGCACGUGUGCAGACUGGCUGCCUCCAGCCUGAGGAACACAGCCACUUUGUCUCCCGGUUCUAAAUGGGCCCAAACAGGGUUUUUAAACUAUGCUGAAUUAUGCUUCAGUCACUGCUGUUAACAUCUCUUUUAAUCUCCGGAGAACUAAGCUAACUGAUUUUAAUCUUGCGUCUUUUUUUUUUUUUUCCCCCCCUUCAAUAAAGUUACUGCAUCCUAAUAAUUAAACCCUGUUACCGGAGUCCUGCUCCUCCCGCCUGGGGUAAGGACCUGCCAGGUCAUCUUGACACACCCUGUAAUAACCCUGGAAACUGCGAAGCAUCAAUUCCUUCUGCCUCUUCCCUCCUACCCCCUGCAAACCCAGCUAGGUUGAAACCUGAGCUUGAGCCCAGCUGUGGUGGAUUCCAGCCUCGUAAUUAGGACAGUGAUAAAUGCCAGUUGGGUGAAAGGGAGCAAACUGCGAGUGUGGCAGCAGUCCAGGUUGGGGGGGAGAAUCACGUAGGGCUAAUGAACGGAAUACAUUCAGGGAUGGAGUUCCAUAAUGUGAAACUGCAGCCACGCCCUCUGGCUCCAGCCAGUGUUGGGUGUCCAGCCCUCAUGAACCCAUAGGUUGCUGGGCUACAUUCGUUAUACAAACUUGAGGAAAGGGCCCAAGCCAUCAAUCACAAAUGUAGCACUGCUGUAGUGACGUUCAGCCUCCACACUUCUGCAGCCUAGUGCUAUGAUUAGGGCAGAAUGCCUCCAAUUAAAUCCUAGCUUAAGGAAGAAGCCAAGCUAGCACAUGCUAGCUAGGCCUGACCCUGAGGAGCAGUGGCCUGUUGCUAAAAUCCCACUUGCUAGAAGGUCUGAACUCUGGGACUUGUGUGUGUGUGCGUGUUGCCCUUCUUAGCAAGGGCACCAAUGGAUACUGGUGCCUGUGUGGCUUGUAAUUUCUACUAGGAAUAGCUCUAGGUAGCUACAGAUGUCCUAGGCCCCCUUCAUCUGUGUCUUUGUGCAGAGUGCAAAAGCUUGUGAUGGUGAGAUGGGUCACACUGGUAGAGGAGGGGAUGGGGUAGGUCUAACAGUGCAGCUGGCAUUUUUGUGUGUGUGUGUGUGUGUGUGCGCGCUCGUGCGCAGAGAGGCUUUGGAUAGACUCUAACUGACCUGGUCAGUGUUCCCACCUCCAGGCAGAGUAACUGCUGUUUGUCCUGUUAUGGGGCUCAAGGGAGUUGAGAGAACUUUAUUUCUCCUCCGCUCCCGCCAUCCAAUUGACUCAAUGGCAAGUGGACCAAUCCUUUAAUUGAAUUUGUAUUCUCUGUGGGGGAACUCCAUGGCAGGAAGGGCAGCCACUGCUCUUCCUUAACCUCUGCUGUGGUUAGUACUACUUAGCGUCACAGCACAGAGGUGGAUCAGCCCACAGUCUCCUUUCCUUGUGCUUGGGGGUGUGGGGCCUGAGCACAGUGAAUGAGAAGCUCUCCAGCCUUUCCUAGUGGAGCCUGCCAGCCACCAAAACAACAGAAGGCAAAUGGGCUCUGCUUCCGCACCCUGCCUGUAGCUCUUCUCCACAAUGUUAACUCCUUCGCUGUUCCUCUCAGUGCAUGUGGAGCAGGUCCUAGUGGCGGGUUGCUUGUCAAUGACUGGAGCAGUAAGGACCCCGAGGAAGGAGGGUUGCCAGGUGUCCGGUUUCUGACUGGAAUGCGCAGCUGACCCGAUGCUAAAAGUCUGGUUACCUGCAGUAACUGGCCACUGCCAUCAGGCCUGACCGAGAACUGGCUGGCUCCCAGAGCGGGCUCCAAAGUAGGUACCAGUGUGUGUAUCCCCAACCUGUCUGCCCUGAUUUUCCCCUCUUCAGGGACUAAGCCCUCCUUCCCCCUGCACUCCACUGUGCCCUGGUUUCCCCAGCCC